AUGGAAAUUACCCUAUCGACGGCUAGGUUAUUUCGCGCGUCUGACCCUCAUAAAGCCCACCUCGACCCCUCCUUGGGGGCAGAAGACGACUCUGCUGAGCUGUGCGAGGAAGAGAGUGAGACAGACAGGACAGAACAGGACAGCGAGUUGCUAGACUUGCCCCACAGAUCGAGAUCUUACAUGAACGACAACGACGACGACGAUAGGUCAUUUAUAAAUUAG